AUGUCUGCUCACACUGAAAACUUACAAUUUUCUCGAGAGGAUGUCGAUUUCGAGAUCCCUCGGGGACUCCCAGAGAAGCUGGGAGAAGAACUUCGAAAGCUGGAACAGUUGUUUACUGUUGACACGGCCACGCUGAAGAAGAUCACGGAUAGGUUCGGCGAAGAGCUUGAUGAAGGUCUUCGAAAACACGGAUCCAAUGUUCCGAUGAAUAUUACCUGGGUUACUUCCUUCCCCACAGGGCAUGAAGCAGGCACAUAUCUCACGCUCGAUCUCGGUGGAACCAAUCUCCGCGUGUGCUUGAUCACACUCACCGGCACACCAGGAGGGUCUGAGAUCACACAGGAGAAAUACCAACUACCCCGAGAGAUCAAGACUGGCACGGCAGAUGAACUCUUCGACCACAUUGCCGACCGCCUCGGGAAUUUCGUGACAAAGCACGUAAAGGGCGAUGGAGCAAAGCAGAACGAUGGGAUGGUGCCACUGGGUUUCACGUUCAGCUACCCCGCUACUCAAGAGAGGAUUGAUCAUGGGGUUUUGCAGACCUGGACGAAGGGAUGGGAUGUCAAGGGAGUGGAAGGUAACGACGUUGGAAAGAUGUUGAGGGAAGCCAUGGAGAAAAGGGGCCUCCCUGUAAAGCUUGUCACUCUUAUAAACGACACAACUGGGGCGCUUAUCGCCUCCGCAUACAACGAUCCCGAAACAAUCGUUGGCGCGAUUUUCGGCACCGGUUGCAAUGCGGCAUAUAUGGAACGCCAAUCCCUUAUACCAAAACUUCAUGGAAAAAGUCCAUCUUCCAACGGCACCACAGCUACUUCCGGGACUGGCAGGGAGGAGAAAGGUGAUGCGCUAAUGGCCAUCAACUGUGAAUAUGGUGCCUUUGACAAUUCACACUCUAUCCUCCCAAGGACACGAUACGAUGAAUUAAUCGACCAACAAUCUCCGCGACCGGGAGAGCAGACAUUCGAGAAGAUGUCGGCCGGGCUCUACCUGGGAGAAAUAUUCCGACAGAUCCUCGUCGACCUGCACGCCAGAGGGGUGAUCUUCCAGGACUCAAAGCUCGACGACAAGCAGAAGGAAAUGCUGAACACCGCCUAUGCAAUCGAUACGGAAUUUCUAUCUAAUCUGGAGAACGACGCGUCGCCAUCCCUCUCCUCGUCGCUGCAUGCCUUCGAAUCCACGGUCGCAGGCUUGCAACCCACGCCGGCCGAACUAAUCUUCUUCCAGUCUCUUGCGAAGCUCAUCGCCAUCCGUGGCGCGAGGCUGUGCGCGUGCGGCGUGUCGGCGAUCUGUCGGAGGAUCGGGACACGGACGGGCCAUGUCGCUGCGGACGGGAGCGUGGCUAUCAAACACCCGCGGUUCAAGGAGCGAUGGGAAGAUACGGUCAGGGAGAUUCUGGACAUGAAGAUGGGUACCAAAGCGGCUGUUUCUGGAGGAGGAGGGUUGGAAGGCAUUAAACUGACGAGCGCAGAGGACGGGAGCGGUGUUGGAGCCGCUGUAGUCACAGCCCUGACUCUGGGGAGGGCAGGAAGGUGA